CUCAUCCCUUCUUGGUUUACUGGUUUAACUCCAAGUGCUGUUAAGAUAAAGAAAAUAAAGAAAAUCACUGCUAGAUUUAAUGAUCUCGUGAUACAAAAAGAUCAACUGAAGUUGGUGGAAAUUGUUAGUCCAAGGCCAAGCAAAAGAAGGGAGCCCUCAACUUCUGUGGAGACCGAAGAUCACAUCUACGGUAGGGAGGAAGUCGCAGAGGCUGUUCUUCAAUUAUUGAUAAGUGAUAAACAUAGUGAUGCCUUGACUAAAGUACCCAAUGUGAUUCCUAUAGUUGGUAUGGGGGGUAUCGGAAAGACAACAUUGGCCCAGCUGGUAUACAAUGAUAAAAAAGUGGAGAGCUUUUUCAAUCUGAAAGCAUGGGCUUGUGUUUCAGAAGAUUUUGAUGUUGCUGCAGUUACAAAAACAAUUUUACAAUCUUUGACCUCGGAAAACUGUGGCGGCAAAGAUUUAAAUUGGUUGCAAGUCAAAUUGAAGGAGAAACUACUUGGGAAAAGGUUUUUGGUAAUUCUUGAUGAUGUUUGGAACGAGAAAUACGAUGAUUGGAUUCGCCUACGUGCUCCAUUUAAAGCAGGGGCUCCGGGAAGUAGUAUUAUCGUCACAACUCGUAAUAAGGGAGUAUCAUCACUAAUGAGAAACAAGGAAGUUGAGCCUUUUCAAUUGAAGUUGUUGUCAAAUGAAGCUUGUUUGUCCAUAUUUACCCAACAUGCAUUGGAAGCAAGAGACUUCAGUGCCCAUCCAAACCUUAAAGAUAUUGGUGAGGAACUCGUUAGAAGGUGUAAAGGCUUGCCAUUGGCAGUAAAAACUAUUGCAGGAGUCUUACGUAGUGAAGAUGAAGACCGUAAUGAGUGGGAAAAAGUUUUGAAGAAUAAGAUAUGGGAUAUUCCAGUAGAAGUAAAUGGAAUUCCUUCCUCUCUUAUGGUAAGCUAUGACAAUCUAUCUUCACAUUUGAAGAGGUGCUUUGCUUACUGUUCAAUACUACCAAAGGACUAUGAAUUUGAGGAGAAGGAGGUGGUUUUAUUAUGGAUGGCAGAAGGUCUAAUUCAACCCCUACAAGAUCAUGAAGAGGAAAUGGAAGAUUUGGGUUCUAAGUAUUUUCGCAAUCUAUUGUCAAGGUCAUUUUUCCAACAGUCACGUAUUAAUGAAUCACAAUUUGUGAUGCAUGACCUCAUCAAUGAUUUGGCUCAGUCGGUUGCAGGCAAUACGUGCUUUAGAAUGGAAGAUAGGGUUGGAGGUACUAAGCAUGAGAAUAGUCCUAUAAAGGCACGACACUCAUCUUAUUUGGGAAGCAAAUUUGAUGCAACUAAAAAGUUUGAGGUUUUUUCUAAAUUCACAAGUUUACGUACAUUCUUACCUCUCAUGCUACCAUGUCCAGGUUAUUGCUAUUUGGCUCAUCAUGUUCCUUUUGAAUUGGUUCCAACAUUACGUUGUUUAAGGGUGUUAUCUUUCAACGGAUACUGCAUAAUGGAGCUAUCAGAUUCUAUUGGUGAUUUGAAGCAUUUGCGGUACCUUAACCUUUCACACACUCGAAUUAGAUUCCUGCCAGAAUCAAUAACUAGUCUCUACAACUUACAAACAUUGUUGUUGGAGAGAUGUAUUUGUCUAAAGAAAUUACCUUCAAUGUUUCGAAACUUGGUCAACCUACGCCACCUCAACAUUGAAGAUGCAGAUAAUUUGGAAGGAAUGCCUAUGCAAAUAGGUAAACUAACUUGUCUUCAAACACUGUCUAAUCUAGUUCUUGGAAAAGAAAGUAGUUGCUCUGGAAUAAAGGAGCUUGGACCUUUGAAUCAUCUUCGAGGGACACUCUGCAUUUCAAGAUUAGAGAAUAUGAUUGAACCGAAGGAUGCAAAGGAUGCUGAAUUAAAUAAAAAGACGAAAAUUAGUGGGUUGUGGUUGAAAUGGAGUAAAUACAUUGAUGAGUCAAAAGACAUGACAAGUGAACUAGAGGUACUAAAUGGGCUAUGGCCUCACGAUGCUUUGACGAAGCUAGUUAUAAUUAACUAUGGUGGUACAAGAUUUCCUAAUUGGUUAACAUCUCCUUCAUUUCCUCAUAUGGUCUCAUUGAGAUUAGAAAAUUGUUACAACUGCACAUCAUUACCUCCACUGGGGCAAUAUUUGCCAUCACUAAAAAAUCUUUGGAUCGAGGGCAUGGCUAAAGUGAAGAGUGUUGGUUUUGAAUUUUGUGGUAGUAAUUUAGAGACUUUGCAUUUCCAUGACAUGGAGAAGUGGGAGAAUUGGAAUCCUUGUGAAGAAUUCCCAAAUUUGCAUGAGCUUUCCCUUCUUAACUGUCCGAAGCUAUUAGGGAAGUUACCAAACAACCAUCCUUUACUAAACAAAGUUGUGAUAAAUGAUUGUGCACAGUUGGUGGUCUCACUUUCAUGCUUUCCAGAUAAAUGCAAAUUUAACAUUGAGGAAUCCGAAAUGCUUGAUAUGGAAGGGAUGGUGUGUGGAAGCAAGGCUACAUUCAAAUUAAUAGAAUUAUCCAGAUCACUUUCACCAAUUUCAGAUAUGGAAGGUCUGGCGGAGUUGGAAUGGUUAAGGAUCAAAAACUGUGAGGAGCUGACGAAUUUGUGGUUUGACAACAAGGGAUCACUGCCACAUCUCCCAUUUCUGCGUCGUCUCGACAUUUAUAAUUGUCCCAAACUAUUAUCUUUGGUGGUGGAAGAAGUUGAUCAAGAGCGUCUCCAACUAUCAUUACCCAAGGCAUUGAUGUACAACAACACGUGUCUUCAGUCUAUUGAUAUUUUUAAUUGUGAUUCGCUAACACAUUUUGCAAGAAGCCAUCUGCCUCCAACUUUAAAGCGGCUACAUAUAAGCAACUGCAGGAGUAUGAGGAAUUUGGUGGAGGAUGAUGAAAAUGAUACAAAAAACAGUAGCGAAGAAUUACCUACCCUUGAGAUCUUGUCUGUUUGCAAUUGUCCAUCCCUUGAAUUCUUAACAUCAAGCGGAGAAUUACCUACCACACUUCAAAGCCUUUCUAUUCAGGAAUGUCCGAAGCUGGAGUCAGUAGCGAAGAGUUUUCAUCAUAAUUUGUUUCUGAAAACCAUCACCAUCUCCGAUUGUGAGAAAAUGCAGGGACUGCAGAAUUGCAUACACAACCUCACCUCUCUUCGAGAUUUGAAAAUACGGAAUUGUCCGAGCAUUUUAUCAUUUCCCAAAGAAGGUUUUCCCACAAAUCUAACAACGCUUAUGAUCUCUCAUCAUAAAUUCACUGAUGCCUUGUUCGAUUGGGGGCUGAACAACCUCACUUCUCUUCAUGAACUUCAUAUUGGUGGAUCUCAGCAUCUGGAAUGCCUGCCUUUCGAGGGCUUAAGAAAACUCACCUCUCUUAAAACAUUGUGGAUAUUUGACUGUGAGAACCUUGCAUGUUUUCCAGAGGAUGGACUGCCUUCCUCACUCCUAGAGCUUAAUAUCUCUAAUUGCCAAAAGUUCAUGUCCUUUCCAAAGAAUGGCCUACCUCCCUCACUCCAGCAACUUGCAAUCUAUGAAUGUCCUCUGCUGGAAGAACGCUGCAAGAAAGAUCAGAGAGGAGAGUGGCGCAGGAUAGCUGACAUCCCUUAUGUUGAAAUUAAUGGCAAAUACCUUUAUGAGACUUGAAACAGAGGAAAAAGUACAAAGGUUGAAGGGGGAGAAGAAAUUGUAAACCAAGCAGCGAUGGACGCCAUUUCUCAUAGCAAAUAAUUGGCUCUAAUUCUUAGUGAGGUGGGCCGAGCGCACAAACAUUAGAUUGCGCUGAUCUUCAAACCCUAUAUAUUUGCUGUGUUCACAAUGGCUGGAUCAUGGAUUCUUCUCUGCCUCAACAUACUCUUCUAAAAUUGCAGCAGCAAGCUGUUGGCAUGCCAUGUCAUUCCUCAUGCAAUGUUUGGCUACAAGCGAACUUGUCUCAUGAUAUUGUUUUGGAGUCCCAAUGCUUAUAAGAGCCAUCAAGAAGGUGCUUGCUGAGUGGAUGGCCCCAGAAGUGCUAAGAAAUGGACAUGCAAAUGAAAAGUAAGCCUUUUUCGAUGCAGUAUCUUCUUUUUCGCCCUGGAUGGAAGGUUUUAAUUACAUCAUGUAUAAAAUAUGGAGGUGUGAAAUUUGUAGCUUUGGGGUCAUACUGUAGAUGUCUAUACAUUGCAACGACCCGGGGGGGAGGGGCGGGGGAUGAACCCAAUGCAAGUUGUUGGUGCAGUUGGAUUUCAACAUCGGCGUCUUGACAUUCCAGAUGAUAUGGAUCCUGCCAUUGUAGAUAUUAUUCAAAGUGCAGGCAGACGAAAGUAUUCUUUUGGUGAUUUGAAAACUCCAAUGCACAAACGCUUUUGUUGCCUUACCUUACACUCGAACCCUGUGAAAGUCAUAAAAGAGACCCAAAAUUGACACCCACAUUUGCUGAGAUCAUGGCUGCUUUGAAGCCAUUGCAGAAGCCAAUAACCAGUUCUCAAGUUCCCAGGCCAAGCAUAUCCCCAGGCAGUGGUCGUCAGAAGGCUCUGCCAUCACAAAUUCUAGAAGAAGCAGGCUAGAAGAGCAAACUAUACCAUCAUACUCUCUGUCAUUGGACUGCAAAAAUAUGGGUGAAGUUCUAGAUUGCCUUGGACUAGUCUGAGAAAGUGAUGGAUUGAUUUCCCUACAUUCAAACCAAUCUGAGAUUGUGAUUCUUUUUUCUCAAUUCCUUUUUUUCUCCAUCACAGUGCAGCUAUCCUCAAGGUUGUAUAUUUGUUUGUAGAAAACCAAUGAAAUUGUUGUAAUGAAUUUUUUGAAAAUUUUUCUUUUUGUGGAGUUCUUCCAUUUUGAUUUUCUAACUGAAUUGAUACAAAGACAUAAUGCAAUCUGCAUUAGUUGUUACUACAAGGAUGAGAGCAAAGGACAACAUUCCCUUUAUGUUCUACAACUAUUUAACAGAACAGUCCAUUUUACAACUAACCAAGGUUGUCAUGAGGACUCAGAUGAUUACCUGAACUAAUUUCAAAUCACCCAGAGUUUUGGACUCAGAUUCUAGGGGAUUGAAAUCUACCAAGGAGACAAGUUGAGCGAUGAGAUGAGAUGGAUGGCAUUUCUCAUAACAAAAUCCAAGCUCACAAACAUUAGCUUGCGCUCUUCAAACCCCAUAUAUUUGCUGUUUUCACAAUGGCAGGAUCAUAGAUUCCUUCUCUGCCUCAACAUACACUUUUAAAAUUGCAGCACCAAGUUGUUGUUGGCAUGCCAAGUCUUUCUUCAUGUUUUGGAUGCCCAAUGCUUAUAAGAGCUGUCAAGAAGGUGCUUAAAAAUAGGUCGGUUCACGUGGAGUGUAGGGUCCCGCGCAUAUGAGAGGAUGGUCGUUACUUUUUGCAAGAAGCCAGCUUCCUCCAUAAACUCUAAAGCAGCUAAUACAUACUUAGCUGUAAGAAUAUGAGAAAAUUGAUUUAGCAGUGGGGAUGAUAAUACCAACAACAGUUGCAGCAGCACCUAAUCUCUUCUUGAGCAUUUGUACAUUCAAGAUGAACUCUUUCCUUAUAAAGCUGUCUCUGAUGAAUAUUUCUUUUGAUCUUCGAUGCUUGUGACUAAGUUGUUGCAGCUUCCAAGUGCCAUCUGAAAAAUGAAUGUGCAAUUAUACUGUCUUAAUUUGUUUACUGUCUUUGGCUAAACUUACCAUAAACACUUUGAUCCUGAAUGGAC